ACCAAAACUAAACAUACUACUUAUUCUCUUUUCGCUAUCCAUCUUGAAUUUCCAUCUCCCAUUUCAUGGGUCGUGUUAAACUUCAAAUUAAAAGAAUCGAGAAUGAUACCAAUCGACAAGUCACAUUCUCCAAACGUAGAAAUGGACUAAUCAAGAAAGCUUAUGAGCUUUCCAUCCUUUGCGACAUCGAAAUUGCUCUCAUCAUGUUCUCACCUUCUGGUCGUGUCAGUCAUUUUUCAGGCAAAAAAAGAAUUGAAGAUGUGCUUAGCCGAUACAUAAAUUUACCUGAUCAAGAUAGAGGAUGCUUGGUACGGAAUAAAGAGAUUUUGCUAAGCACCUUGAAGAAACUUCAAGCUGAACAUGAUUUUGUUCUUCAACUUGCAAGUUCUACUACAAAUACUACCACUAACUCAAAUGUUGAGGAACUUCAACGGGAAAUCAAUAAUUUACGACAACAAAUACAAUUGGCUGAGGAGCAAUUAAGGGUGUAUGAGCCUGAGCCUUCAACACUCACAUCAAUGGCCGAGUUUGAAUCGUGCGAGAAGAGCCUUGAACAAGUUUUAACACGUAUUACUCAAAGAAAGAAUUAUCUCAUGACGAGUCAUUUAUCCUCUUUCACUGAUCCAUCCAGUGUACAGAUGUACUUGGAUGCACAAGAAGGGAUGCCAAACUCAUUUGGAAAUGACAUGGUGGGUUGGUUGCCAGACAAUGGACAAUCCCAAAACCCAACUCAGUAUUGUGCAGGAUCUGAAUCUCCUUGCAUUCCUGUUAGGAAUCAAUCAUCAAUGAAUACGAUGUAUGACCCGAUGGGACAUGGAACAAACAUGAGUGAAAUGGGGGGUUGCCAUGUCACCACCACCUCAAGUAACGAUGGUCUUCCAUCAUGGCAUCACAACUACAGUUCAACGGAGCUCCUUUCUGCUUUCAUGUCCUCUCCUACAUCAUUCCCUCUUAUUAAGGUAGAUACUUUUUAA